UAUCGUUACGAGACCGAACAUCGCGAUUUGCGACGUGUUAUGGGAGCUGGAAUUGCCAUUACUCGUGGAGCUGCUGGGGCAUUAUCGUUCUGCAUGGCAGUGGUGCUGCUUACUGUAUGCAGGAAUGUGAUAACGCUUAUCAGAGAGACUCCCAUGGGAGAAUUCAUUCCAUUCGACUCGGCUAUCACUUUCCAUAAGGUGAGUUGGAUGGAGUUGCAGCAUCUCAUCACUACGGCAUACCUAUCUUAA